GCUAGCCGCCCGCCACUGCCCGCCGCGCGACACAUCAUUAACUGCUACCUGAAAUUCAAGCCUUCUCGAUCAGUGCUUCCACUCCCGUCGCUUUCCACUUUCCACCAGGAAAAAAAAGAUUCUGGUCAAAGCAUAAAGCCACCGAAUCUUAACUCUCUUCCACACUUCCCUCAGACAACGUCUGAAAAACGUCGGUGAAUUCACUUUUCACUUGAGUUUCGCGCCGACUCAAUCUUUACCUAUUACUACCUCUACUACCCCUCACCAUUUCCUACCACCUCCAUCUAUCAGUCUAAGAGCAGCAGCUAUCCCGAAGCUGCCCGUCGCCACGAUGAAGGUUACUUUUAAGGAGCUUUCGAACCAGAAGUUCACGCUCGAUGUCGAGCCUAGCGACCUUGUUUCUACUCUGAAGCAAAGGGUUGCCGAAGAGAAAGGAUGGGAUGCCAAGGCCUUGAAGCUCAUCUACUCCGGUAAAAUUCUCAAGGAUGAAGAAUCGGUCGCAGCCCACAAGAUUGAAGAGAAGGGCUAUGUUGUUUGCAUGGUGAGCAAGCCUAAGCCUGCGCCCGCUGCCGCCGCCGCCGCUUCUUCAAGCGCUGCUCCCGAAACACCGGCACGAUCGGUCGCCGCAACUCCAGCCGCUCCAGCCGCGCCUACCCAUUCAUCUACCGCCGCCGCCGCCGCCGUGCCUGCUACCCCAUCCCCCGCUUCUGGCGGUCCUGGCGCCAGCGGUGAUAUGGCUAUGGGUGCGGCUCGAGCUGAUGUGAUUGCGAAUAUGGAAGCUAUGGGAUUUGAGAAAUCUCAGUGUGAGGCUGCUUUACGUGCCGCUUUCUACAACCCAGAACGUGCUGUCGAAUAUCUCCUAAAUGGUAUUCCGGAGAGUGCUCGUCAACCGGAACCCCAGCGAGAGGCCCCCGCCCAAUCUACCCCCGGCGCCGCCCCUGCUGGCUUCGCUUCUCCUGCUGGCCAAUCCGCUGAGGCUGAGGCUGAGGGAGGGGGUAUUAACCUCUUUGAUCUGGCCGCUCAGCAGGGCCGAGGUGGAAGUCGUGGAGGCGCCAGCAGUAAUGCCCAGGCAGCAGCAGCCGCUGCUGCUGCCGCCGCUGCGGGUGUACAACCGCUUGGUAACCUUGACUGGUUGCGUAACAACGCUCAGUUCCAGCAACUUAGGCAGGUCGUUCAGCAGCAACCGCAAAUGCUGGAACCAAUUCUGCAGCAACUUGGCGCUGGCAACCCCCAACUUGCCCAGCUGAUCUCUUCAAACCCCGAUCAGUUCCUGCAAUUGUUGGGUGAAGCUGGUGAUGAUGAUGCACCUCUACCCCCUGGCGCCCAGACCAUCGCCGUGACAGAGGAAGAGCGCGAUGCAAUUGAGCGAUUAUGCCGACUAGGAUUCGACCGAGACGCGGCCAUCCAGGCCUAUUUUGCCUGUGACAAGAAUGAGGAGUUGGCUGCCAACUUCUUGUUCGACCAGCCGGAAGACGACGAGGCACCUCAGAACUGAUUUUCCAUGAUGUGAAUGAGAUGUUCUUUCCGUCCUUCACGCUUUUACGACUACAAACCGGCCUCACUAAGAUAUCCGACGUGGCAUUCUUCGCCCUUGCGAUAAUAUCCCCUCUGUUAAUGGUCGUUAUUCACUCGCAUAAUGCUUUAUUCUGCUAUGGCGGAAAUUCGAAGGCUGCCCGGAAAAAAACCGCAACAACGCAAAGCAACGGUCUUCUCCUGAUUGCAGGCUUCUACUACUAACCUAAACACCUCUUUACCCCACCAUGAAAUACGCACUUUCGGGGCGAGGCAUUAUGAUCCAGCUCGCGGGAUUACUCUGUUCUGCGAGAAGGAUAGGAGGAAUAUGGAGGCUAGAUGAACCAAGUCCGUAGCUUAGUUCUACCAAUUGAUUUCCCGAAAUUAUAUUUUCUGUUCACCCC